AUGGAAAUUUGUCAAGAAAAUCUUGCAAAAUUAGAGUCCGAUCAAUGGCGUUUAUGCGACAUUGUCACUGGUAAUGAAACCUGGAUAUAUCACCGUAGUAUUGGAACAAAACAAUCCAAUAUGGCAUGGUGUUCUGAAGGUGCAAGUCCGCCAACAGUGGCCAAACAAAACCAAUCUGAUCAGAAAAACAUGUUCGUGAUUUUCUUUAGAACAACGGGACCGGAGUUAAUUCACAUGGUUGAAUCCGGCAACUCAAUAUCUGGUACUUACUACAAAGAAAAUUACCUUGAAUCUUUAUUUAAAAAUAUCCGACGACAAAGACCAAAAUCUGGUUUGCAUGCCAUCAAAUUGCAUCAUGACAAUGCAAAACCACAUCAUACAAAAGAUAUUAAAACAUUUCUUCAAGAAGUAGGAGUGAUGGUAAUGCCUCAUCCCCCUUAUUCACCUGACUUGGCACCAUCAGACUUUUGGUUACUUAAAGCAGCAAUUAAACAGUUAUUCCGAUUCCAAAAGUUUACAACAAGCUGUAACCAAGGCCAUCGUGCUAUAUCACAAGAUGAAUUUCGAAAGGUAUUUAACCAUUGGGUUGAGCGAAUGAAACUUUGCAUAGCAAACAAGGGUGACUACUUCGAACAUUUAAUGAAAUAAGUUUUUUAUAAAGAUCAUUUAUUCAAUAAAAACUUAGGUGUUCCGGGAACUUUUGGAUCACCCUGUAUAUCAACUUUUUGAUGAGCAUCCAUAAGCAAUAAGUUGCAUAUAUUCACAACUCAAGUUGCAUCAUGUCGCUCUUCUUAUUUUGUUUCUUUGCUAUUGUUUCUCUUUCAUUGUCGUGAGUAAAGCAACUCCGCAAUUGAAUGAUAGCGUUUGAUAUUUUUAUGGUUUAACCUAUUCUAUUUGAAUCCUUUGAAAAGCUCAAUACUGCACCAGGAGCACCUUUAAGUAUUAUUGUUGCAAUGAUGUCUACUGCAACAGUAUUGAAGGUAACUAAAACUACUAGUUAAUCAGCACUAUUGCUUAAUACUAUUUAUCAACCUUGGUAGGCUUCCUUCAAUAUUAUUUAAAGUGUUCUUUUAUCAGGUAGAUUUGUUGACAAUUGCUGAUAUAAUAAGUAUUACACAUGUAUCGAGUAACUUUGAAUACAAAGUAAGUGAUCCAUUGCAUUUAAGAAGCAACACGCAAUAGAAUUGCUUGC